AAUCUCGUCUACCUCAACAUGAAGGUGUCUGUCUAUCGCCUCCCCAUCCGUGGCUGUGCGUCUGCGCAGUGCGCCUCAGAGGGAGACGAGGAGACGCAUCAUCCACCAGGACACAAACUGGAAUAAAAUACCCGACACCAGCAGGAUCAGGACCCGAGAACCGGAACCGGACAUUCACCGAGACCGGAGGACCGAGGAUAGAGGACCACCAGAGGACAGAGGACGGUCCCACGGAGUGCGAUGGAGCGGCGGCGUUAAACACUGAGUCACGGUGCGGCCGGAACCAGCUGCGAUUUAUCCAGAGGGGGACAGCUGCAUGUCCUCAGGUACUCAUGUCCUCGUGUCCCGAUGUCCUAAUAGUCUUCACACGGGGUUUGAAGGACUGCAAGGACACAGAGAGCACGUGCUAAACAUCUGGAGGACAUAUAGGGACAAACAAAACGUCUGGAGGACAUCCAGAGACAUAAAAUACCUGGAGGACAUACGGGGACAUAAAUCACCUGGAGGACAUAUGGGGACAUAAAACACCUGGAGGACAUACAGGGACAAACAAAACACCUGGAGGACAUACAGGGACAAACAAAAUAUCUGGAGGACACACGGGGACAAACAAAACAUCUGGAGGACAUACGGGGACAAUCACUGAACAGAUGUAACGAGGACCAAGACGACAACACAAUGUCCCCGAGGUGGACUCACCUGUCCUUCCUAUCCAUCCUGUCCGUCCUGCCCACCCUGCCUGUCCUGCUCCUGAUGCAGAUGGGGCCGGUGGUGGGAGGGCGCCCAGACAGGAACCUGGUUCUGGAGGAGAACGUGGGGGCCACGGUGAACGCCACGGUGUUGGACGGACGAGGACACACUGUCCACGUGAUGAGCAGCGACGAGGGGACAUAUGGACAGAACUCCCCAAAAGUGGACACCAGGGGCGUCGUCCUCGCACCUGCACCACAUCAUGGAGUGGUGGACCGGCAGGGCUGUGACCCCAGCACCCGUUUCCAUGUCCCCCCACGGAUCGUCCACUGGGUGGCGCUGCUGCAGAGAGGCAACUGCACCUUUAAAGAGAAGAUCCUGAAGGCCGCCGCCUACAACGCCACUGCUGUCCUCAUCUACAACAACUCCACUGACAAGACGGUCAAGAUGGGACAUGAAGGUACUGGGGACACGGUGGCCGUGAUGAUUACAGAGACCUACGGUAAAGAGAUUCUGGCCCAGCUGGAGCGGAACCAGACGGUUCUGGUCUCGGUGGUGGUGGGUCAACGUGGACCCAACAAAACCCUGACCAGAGGCUCCUUGGUGUUCGUCUCCAUCUCCUUCAUCGUCCUCAUGAUCAUCUCUUCGGCCUGGCUCGUCUUCUACUUCAUCCAGAAGAUCCGUCUCAGCACCCGGGACCAUGGCCAGCGUCGUCUUGGUGAUGCAGCAAAGAAAGCCAUCGGGAAGUUGACUACGAGAACGGUGAAGAGAGGAGACAAGGAAACGGAUCCAGACUUUAACCAUUGUGCCGUCUGUAUCGAAGCCUACCAGCUGAACGAUGUGGUUCGGAUCCUGCCCUGCAAACAUGUCUUCCAUAAGGUCUGUGUGGACCCCUGGUUGAAUGAACACUGCACGUGUCCCAUGUGUAAACUCAACAUCCUCAAAGCUCUGGGUAUCAUGACCAGUCUUCCAUGUGUGGACAGCGUUGUCCUGGACGUCGAGCGUCUCGGGGACAGACAGGCAUCAGGAAGCCAGAGGACGCCACUGGGAGACGUCAGCCAAUCGUCUAUCAGCCUGGAGCCUCUCAGCCCCGCCCCCCCAGAGGCCACGCCCAGAAGCUCCACUGACAUCACCAUCGCUGUGACCAGUGGGGGCGGUCACUUCUUCAACAGAACCUCGGUUUCUCCUCGUAACGUCGUUUGUGAGAUGGAGCUUCCCGACAUUCAGGCCUCGCUGAACCUCUAUGAUGACAACAAGUCCUGAGGCUGUGGAUCCUUCACCCCAGCACCACCUGCUGGUGUUGGGGUGUUACAACAACACAAACAUUCAACCACUGUUUAUUCCAUCAGUUUCUUAUCAGUCUUAACAGAUCCAGGUUUGGAUCCUGGUCUCACUUUAGACUGUCCUCACUCAUGUUUUCAUUUUACAGUAGUGAAGGGAUGUGAGCUGGUAGUUAGAAACAAAUAAUCCAGAGAAAUUAACUCUUGUGAAUUCUGUGGUGUAAUCGGAGGUGAUGAUAUAAUUGUGUUACCAAAAAUACAUGAAUUUAAAAAGCCCCUGAUGAGAACCUGGAGGAGGUUCUAGUCACUGGACCUGAAACCACCCCGAUGAUGUUUGUGAGUGCCUAGAAGAAGACCCUGUGUCCUGGGUUUGACUUCCUAAAAUACCUUCUGGAAAUCCUUAAAAUCACGGUUCUGCGGUUUAUGGAGCAGUUUAUUCGUAUUAAAGAGUGUCUCUGUUCCUCAAGAGUGUUAAAAGCUUAUAAAAAUGUUCCUGGAAAUGUUCCCCAGUGCCUAAAAAUGUCCCUUGGCUUCCUGGAAACGUCCCUUUGAGUUCCUAUAUAUCCUUCUAGUUCCUAUGAACGUUCUUAAAUGGUUCCUGGAGUUUUAAACGGGUUGAAAGGUCUGAACCCAGGAUCGUGGACCUGAACCUGAACAGACCUAACAGGGGAUGGAUCAGAAGCAACACAGACCCAAAGAACCAGGACCAAGGAGGAAUCCUGUUUGUGUUUUCUGGUGUUCUUUGUUCUGUAAUCUGUCACUAGAGACUGGAGCAUGUUUGAAGAACUGGACCUGGAUCAAAACUCCAAUGAUCUGGUUCCCCCUCUUCAUCACCAGGGAACCAGAACCAGAGGAAGUUCAGGCCUUGGGUUGAGACCCAGAACUGGAUUCUCUGGAUGAAUUCUAACAGUGUUAACUCCCCUGUAGCAAAACCUAGAGACAUUAGAUUUACAAGUGCAGUCCAGCCUGAGGACAGGUUCCUUCGCUUUGGACUAUAGAGACUUCAAGGAACCACUUUGUUCGAGUCCUGUGGUUAAAUGGGGGGAUCUGGGUUCAUCGUGGGUCUUUAUCUGGAGGAGACUGGUGGUGUAGUCCACCAGAGACUCUAAGGUUUGACAGCUCUUUCAAAGUGUAUUAAACAGCUUUUGAAUUACUCACGUGUUAUAAUAAUCAAUAUAUAAACAGCAUUAUACAAUCUAUAACCAGACUGGUCCGUCAGUAGUUCCUCUGAAGUGACCUGCAGGAAGCUCGGCUGCUGUCCUCGUCCAUCUGUCUGUCGUCGUCUGUCUCAUGGUGAUGAAGACGAUGGAGGACGAGUGAUGCUUUCAGUUCACUGUGUCUUUACUGCCUCAGCAUUAAGUGUCAUUAAAGUGUCUUUAUUGCCUUUAACUGGC